AGAGAAGUGGCGAGUGCCAGCGAGUGCCAGCAGCGCCAGCCACGGCGCCAAAUGAGAGCACGUGGUUUUGUCAGAAAUAUUUCAGCUCGAUUAUCUGUUGAUUCUCUGUGUCUGAAUCAUUGUAGAUCUAUUUAGUGUGAACUUGUGCAACUCGUUACUUUUGGAUUUUCAUCAUGAAGUAUAUUUUAGUGACCGGCGGUGUCAUCAGCGGCGUCGGUAAAGGAGUUGUCUCCAGUUCAUUUGGAGCCAUUUUAAGAGCCUGUGGACUCCAUGUGACAGCAAUCAAAAUUGACCCUUACAUGAAUAUUGAUGCCGGGACCUUUUCACCGUAUGAACAUGGAGAAGUUUUUGUCCUCGAUGAUGGCGGCGAAGUGGAUAUUGACCUGGGAAAUUAUGAGAGAUUUCUCGACAUCACACUAAAUAGCGACAAUAGCAUAACAACAGGAAAGAUAAACCAACAAGUAAUAGCAAAAGAAAGGAAAGGAGAGUACCUUGGUAAAACUGUUCAAAUUGUACCCCACAUGUCUAAUGCGAUCAUUGAUUGGGUAGAAGAUGUUGCUUCUCGCCCCAUCAAAAGUGAUGGUGAUGACGAUGACACUCCUCCCUCAGUUCCAGAUGUUUGCAUAGUGGAAUUAGGUGGCACAGUCGGUGACAUUGAAGGAAGACCAUACACAGAAGCAUUUCGUCCCUUUUCACGAAAGCAUCAUGAUAGCUUCUGUGUUGCUCACGUAUCUUACGUACCCCAGCCUGCAUCAACAAAAGAACACAAAACGAGACCAACACGUCAGAGUGUUAAGGAGUUGCAAGAUUGCGGGCUGUUGCCCGAUCUUCUCGUUUGUCGAAGUGAAAAUCCUAUCCCACUACCAGUGAAAGAGAAAAUUUCAAGUUUUUGCAAUGUUGGACUCGAUGAGGUCAUCUGUCUGCAUGAUCAGAGCUCAAUCUAUUAUGUGCCUCUAGUUUUGCGAGAUCAAGGCAUUCUAGAAUAUUUCCAAAAGCGGCUUUGUCUUGAGUACAAAGUCUCGCUUUCAACAAAUGUCCUUAGCAGCUGGGAAGCUCUAACCAAGAAACUGGAGACUGUAAGGCGUGAAGUGAAUAUAGUAUUAGUGGGAAAGUAUAUCAAGCUUCAUGAUGCUUACGCAUCCGUGAUUAAAGCGUUGCAGCAUGCUUCAUUGAAGGCAAAUUAUAAGCUGAAUCUCAAAUUUGUAAACGCAGAAAAUCUGGAGGUCGAUGCUGAAAAGACGAACCCAGACCUAUUUCAUGAGAGCUGGAUGACAGUGUGUAACAGCGACGGUGUUAUAGUUCCUGGAGGUUUUGGCAAACGAGGAAUGGAAGGUAAAAUAGCUGUGAUAAAAUGGUGCCGAACAUUGAAAAAGCCAUUUUUAGGCAUUUGUCUUGGCUUACAUGCUGCUGUAAUUGAGUUUGCAAGGAAUGUGUUGGGUCACAAAGAUGCCAAUUCUACAGAAAUGGAUCCAGAAUGCAAAGACCCGGUGAUAUCAGACAUGCCUGGCCACACUAAUAUUGACAUGGGAGGCACCAUGCGGUUAGGAAGGCAAACCACGGUAUUUUCGAAGGAGCACAUGGACUACUCAGUCGUCCGAAAACUCUAUGGCAACAGAAAAGAAAUAAAAGAAAGACACAGACACAGGUACGAAGUCAAUCAAAAGUAUUUGCAAGAGCUCGAAAGCAAUGGCCUAUACUUCGUGGGGACUGAUGUGGACGGACUUCGAAUGGAAAUUCUAGAGCUUGACACCGACAAGCAUCCUUACUUCAUUGCAACGCAAUUUCAUCCGGAGUAUCUAAGCCGUCCGAUGAAGCCGUCUCCGCCUUUCCUAGGAUUUAUUCUAGCAGCAACCAAUAAUCUUGAGUCGUAUCUGAAAUAUGGUCUUAACCAACUAUCGUAAAGAUCUAAUCAGCCUCAAGUCAUUUCAAUAUGUACCUUCCUCAAAAACGCUAUGAUGCCAAUUUUUUUAACGCAUUAGGAUUUUAGGUAUUUUUAAGUUAGUCUUCGAAAUUGAAAAACAAUUUUACCCAUUUUCCGUAACCCGUGCUGUAGUACUUUGGAUCUAUGAGUAUGAUGCAAUCAAGUCUUAAUGCACGGUGUUCAAUAAUCUUGAGCAACUCUCCACCUCCUCAGUAUUUUCCGAGCUUGCCGUAACACUUAAAUCUGUUCAAAUUUUGCAGAAAAGUUUAAUUUUUGCUAACACCAUCUUAUACCUGUGACUCGAUCUGAUAAAAUUUCACUCUCCAAGAAGUUUUUAGUGUUGAAAUCUAUACUUUUGCAGUUUACCAUUUGGUUUUUUGGUUCUCUUAAUCAAAGUUUCUCUAAUGCUACUGUUUUGACUUAAUAUUUUAGUUUUUUGGGUGCUGAUGCAUCAGCAUACUGUAAUUGACACUUGAAAUUUUUGUGAUAAAUUUCUAUUUCUAGGACCAUUUUAAUGACCGUGAAAUUCAGUGGUACGCCAUUGACUGGUGUGAUUUUAAAAGUAAUUAUUUUAAGGAAUUUCAAUUAUUGUGGCAGUGAAAGAUAAUUGUUUUUGUAGAUUUUAGUAUUUGCAUGUAACAAGGUACAGUUGAAAACAUCUUUUCUGUGUCAUGUAGCCAUGCAUAGUUAGCUGUUGAAGCAUUUAAGUAAAAUAAGUACCCAAUUUUUUGUUGUGCAUUUUGAUCAGGAUAGAUAUGAACUUGUUAAUUUUAUUUUAUGUGAGAUUUUUCUGGACUGAUCGUAACAGAAUGAAAUCGGACUUUUAUGCUUUGCAUUUAUUUUUAAAUAAUCAAAAGACACGGUUUAACAGCACCAAGCAUGCAAGGUUUCUGAAGAAAUCAACUUUUUAUUAUUUGCUGACUAUCAAUCAUGAUUUGAUGCUCAAAGUUUCAAAUGAACUCUUAAUAUUAAUUUUCUUUACGUUGUACCUCACCGUGAAGAUUAAUUUUGAAAAAGGAAUACUUCUUAAGUAGCUUUUAAGUCAAAAUCAAUGUGAUAAGUAUUUUCAGAGAUUCUGUGUCUAGUUUUAGUAGUGGUUACUUUUUUAUCAUUGAAAAAUCAAAUUGAAAUAUACCUCUUUCUUCUUAAA